AUGACCGACAAGAAGCCAUCCGUUCUUGUCAUCGGAGGUUUGGGAUUCAUUGGUCGCCAUCUCGCCCUUUACAUCCACGAAAACAACCUAGCCUCGGAAGUGCGACUUGUUGACAAGGUCCUGCCGCAGCUAGCCUGGCUAGCCCCCGAAUUCGAAGAAGCUUGCUCGAAGGACAAGUUCGUUCAAGCUGACGCUAGCCGGGAACAGCACUUCCCGCGCAUCUUCGAUCGCGCCAAUGGUGAACAGUUCGACUACGUGAUCAACUGCGGUGGUGAGACGCGAUACUCUCAGCCGGACGACGUCUACGAAGCUCGAGUAUACAACCUCAGCGUGUCUCUUGGUCGCGAGGUAGCUCGCCGAGGAAUCAAGUCCUUCGUCGAAUGUUCCACUGCCCAUGUCUACAAAGGUGGCUCGACCCCGCGGAAAGAAGAUGACAAGCUCCAAGCGUGGCACAAACUAGCCAAAUGGAAGCUGAAGGCGAACGACGAGCUAAAGAAGACACCUAACCUCCAUCAUGUUGUGCUGCGACUGCCAAACGUCUUUGGCGAAUAUGAGUCUGGAUACUUUGCGAUGGGAAUCUGUCUUGCGCGAGUUCACCUGGAUAUGCAGCGGGAUCUCGAGCUUCUUUACUCCAAGGACCUGAAGACCAACACCCUCUAUGUCAAAGACGCCGCUAGCGCCUUGUGGAAAGCCGCAGAAUGGAGAUACAGUGCCCCUACAGAUGGUUCCGCCCCAAUGCUGUUCAACGUUGUCGAUCACAACGAUACCCGCCAACAACACGUGGCUGACGCUCUUACUGAGGUCUUUGGGAUCAAAUGCUCAUUCCUCGGCUCCCUGGCGUCCCAAUUGGCUAAGUUGAACCUGGACGAUGUUAUUGACGACAUAAACGAAGAGUCUUUACAAGGCUGGUCUGACCUGGUCGAAGAAAAGGGUAUUGAACGCCCAGGCCCAAUUAGCCCGUUCAUUGAAAGGGAUGCUAUCCAAGACCAGGACAUGUCGCUUGAUGGUAGUCUCUUCGAGACAACCACAGGUUGGAAACCGACCAGGAACUUCGACGCCCAGAGUGUUCGCGAUAUAGUUGAAAGUUAUAAGCGGAUGGGUUGGUGGCCAUAA